UCCCGGCCCAGACCCCCGCGGAGGAAGCGGAGAGAGUCCACCUCGGCCGAAGAGGACAUCAUUGAUGGAUUUGCCAUGACCAGCUUUGUCACUUUUGAAGCGCUGGAGAAAGAUGUAGCACUUAAGCCUCAGGAACGUGUGGAGAAACGCCAGACGCCCCUGACCAAGAAGAAACGAGAAGCACUUACCAAUGGCUUGUCCUUUCAUUCAAAGAAGAGCAGACUCAGCCACCCACACCACUACAGCUCAGAUCGAGAAAAUGACCGCAAUCUCUGCCAGCACCUUGGGAAGAGAAAGAAAAUGCCGAAGGCACUCAGACAGCUCAAGCCAGGACAGAACAGCUGCAGGGACAGUGACAGUGAAAGUGCCAGUGGAGAAUCGAAGGGCUUCCACCGGAGCAGCUCUCGGGAAAGGCUCAGCGAUAGUUCAGCUCCUUCCAGCUUGGGAACAGGCUACUUCUGUGACAGUGACAGUGACCAGGAAGAGAAGGCAUCGGAUGCCAGCUCUGAAAAACUCUUCAACACUGUUAUUGUAAACAAAGAUCCGGAGUUAGGUGUUGGCACGCUACCAGAACAUGACAGCCAGGAUGCAGGGCCAAUUGUCCCCAAGAUAUCGGGUCUAGAGAGAAGCCAGGAGAAGAGCCAGGACUGUUGCAAAGAGCCGAUCUUUGAGCCUGUGGUGCUUAAAGACCCCUGCCCUCAGGUCGCACAGCCGAUACCCCAGCCCCAGACGGAGCCCCAACUCCGAGCUCCUUCUCCAGACCCUGACUUGGUGCAGCACACAGAGGCCCCACCUCAGCCCCCACCUCCGAUUACACAGCCACCACAGGGCCCUCCUGAGGCCCAGCUCCAGCCCGCCCCGCAGCCUCAGGUGCAGAGGCCACCCAGGCCACAGUCCCCCACCCAGCUGCUCCAUCAGAACCUCCCACCUGUGCAGGCCCACCCCUCCGCUCAGAGCCUCUCCCAGCCAUUGUCAGCCUACAACAGCAGUAGCUUAAGCCUCAACAGUUUAAGCAGUAGCAGAAGCAGCACUCCAGCAAAGACUCAGCCCGCCCCUCCUCACAUCUCCCACCACCCCUCUGCCUCCCCAUUCCCCCUCUCCCUGCCCAACCACAGCCCCCUGCACAGCUUCACACCCACCCUCCAGCCCCCCGCACACUCACAUCACCCCAAUAUGUUUGCCCCUCCCACUGCUCUGCCUCCUCCACCACCACUGACAUCAGGAAGUCUGCAGGUGGCCGGACACCCGGCCGGGAGCACUUACUCAGAGCAAGACAUCUUGCGACAGGAACUGAACACUCGUUUUUUGGCCUCUCAGAGUGCUGACCGCGGGGCUUCGCUGGGCCCUCCGCCCUACCUGCGGACCGAGUUCCAUCAGCACCAGCACCAGCACCAGCACACCCACCAGCACACGCACCAGCACACCUUCACACCGUUCCCCCACGCCAUCCCGCCCACCGCCAUCAUGCCGACGCCAGCACCUCCCAUGUUUGACAAAUACCCUACAAAAGUUGACCCAUUCUACCGGCACAGUCUCUUCCAUUCCUAUCCUCCUGCAGUGUCGGGCAUCCCCCCUAUGAUCCCGCCCACUGGCCCUUUUGGUUCACUACAAGGAGCAUUUCAGCCGAAGACAUCCAACCCUAUCGAUGUCGCUGCUCGGCCUGGGACAGUCCCACACACUUUACUACAAAAGGACCCGAGGUUGACAGAUCCUUUCAGACCUAUGUUAAGGAAACCAGGGAAGUGGUGUGCUAUGCAUGUUCACAUCGCCUGGCAGAUUUACCACCACCAACAGAAAGUCAAGAAACAGAUGCAGUCAGACCCACAUAAGCUGGACUUCGGACUGAAACCUGAGUUCCUGAGCCGCCCUCCAGGCCCCAGUCUCUUUGGAGCCAUCCACCACCCCCAUGACCUGGCACGGCCUUCAACUUUGUUCUCUGCCGCUGGUGCUGCACACCCAACUGGGACCCCUUUUGGGCCACCUCCUCAUCACAGCAACUUCCUCAACCCCGCUGCCCACCUAGAGCCUUUUAAUCGGCCGUCUACAUUCACAGGCCUAGCAGCCGUUGGUGGCAAUGCCUUCGGGGGACUUGGAAAUCCUUCCGUUACACCCAACUCAAUGUUCGGCCACAAGGAUGGCCCCAGUGUGCAGAACUUUAGCAACCCUCACGAACCCUGGAACCGGCUGCACCGAACGCCUCCGUCGUUCCCGACCCCUCCGCCCUGGCUGAAGCCAGGGGAGCUGGAGCGCAGCGCGUCCGCUGCAGCUCAUGACAGAGAUAGAGAUGUAGAUAAACGAGACUCAUCUGUUAGUAAAGAUGACAAAGAAAGGGAAAGCGUCGAGAAGAGACACUCCAGCCACCCUUCACCAGCACCUAUCCUCCCGGUGAAUGCCCUGGGACAUACCCGCAGCUCCACUGACCAGAUCCGGGCUCAUCUGAACACUGAGGCUCGGGAGAAGGACAAACCCAAAGAGAGGGAGAGAGACCACUCGGAAUCCCGCAAGGACCUGGCCGCUGACGAGCACAAGGCGAAAGAGAGCCACCUGCCCGAGAAGGACGGGCACGGCCACGAGGGGCGCGCCGCGGGCGAAGAGGCCAAGCAGCUGGCCCGGGUGCCGUCUCCCUACGUGCGGACCCCGGUGGUGGAGAGUGCCAGGCCCAACAGCACCUCGAGCCGGGAGGCCGAGCCGCGCAAGGGUGAGCCGGCCUACGAGAACCCCAAGAAGAGCUCCGAGGUCAAGGUGAAGGAGGAGCGGAAGGAAGACCACGACCUGCCUCCAGAGGCCCCGCAGACCCACCGGGCCUCGGAGCCGCCGCCUCCCAACUCCUCGUCCAGCGUGCACCCGGGGCCCCUGGCCUCGAUGCCCAUGACGGUGGGGGUGACGGGCAUUCACCCCAUGAACAGCAUCAGCAGCCUGGACAGGACUCGCAUGAUGACCCCCUUCAUGGGCAUCAGCCCCCUCCCGGGCGGAGAGCGCUUCCCGUACCCUUCUUUCCACUGGGACCCCAUCCGGGACCCCUUGAGGGAUCCUUACCGAGAACUUGACAUUCACCGGAGAGACCCGCUGGGCAGGGACUUUCUGCUAAGGAAUGACCCGCUCCACCGGCUCUCGACUCCCCGGCUGUACGAAGCCGACCGCUCCUUCAGGGACCGGGAGCCUCACGACUACAGCCACCACCACCACCACCACCACCACCCGCUGUCUGUGGACCCUCGGCGGGAGCACGAGCGGGGAGGUCACCUGGACGAGCGGGAGCGCUUGCACAUGCUCAGAGAAGACUACGAGCACACGCGACUCCACUCCGUGCACCCCGCCUCCCUCGACGGACACCUCCCCCACCCCAGCCUCAUCACCCCGGGACUCCCCAGCAUGCACUAUCCCCGCAUCAGCCCCACCGCGGGCCACCAGAACGGACUCCUCAACAAGACCCCUCCGACAGCAGCGCUGAGCGCACCUCCCCCGCUCAUCUCCACGCUGGGGGGCCGCCCGGUCUCUCCCAGAAGGACGACUCCUCUGUCCGCAGAGAUAAGGGAGAGGCCCCCUUCCCACACGCUGAAGGAUAUCGAGGCCCGAUAAGCCGAGAACAGGAGCACGAAUGAGGAAGAAGAAACCCUAGGCAGACACCAGGCCAGACUUGAGAGACAGAACUCCUGCAUGGCUCACAUAGACUGCGGGGGCGGGGAAGCCCCACCUCUUCCCCUUGUAAAAAAUGUAUAGACUCUGCACAUUUUGAAAUGUUUUGUAUAUUAUAUGUUGAGAUUUUUCAGAUCUUUUAGCCCAGUCAUAUGUUCUCACGUCUCCUACUUUUUCUUUCUCGUAUAAAACUUUUUGAUUUGAACCAAAACAGUGAAGAUGACAACACACACCAAUUGGAUGAUAAUUUUGGGGGGGCGGGGGGAGAAGUCCACGCCAUCCAUCAUGCAGAAUUCUUUCAGAUGAGGUGGGAAGACAGACAGUGUACAUAGUUAUGUAAAAAGAGAUUGCUUCAUGAGCUAAUGGUUCAUAUAUGCAAAAGGGUAAGAUGAAAGCUUUACUUUGUACAAAUGUAAAUAGAUAAAGAUUAAGUAACAUAAUACAUUAAUACUUCUUAAAAUGUGCUACUUGCAAACUUACUUAAUAUCAGUGAACACAGUCGGCUAAGGCUGUGUUCCCAUAUAUUGUUAUAGACAGCUAAACCCUUCAACUAUGCAAUGAAUGUUCGGGCUUUUCACAAAAGCCCGCCUAACUCAAAGGAGCCUUUUCAAAUCCAUUUACAACAUACUUAAGGUCAUAUUUUCCCUGAACAAGCGCUUACGUGAUAUGACUCUGUUUUCCUUGCUUGUUUUUUUUCAAACGGAGAAACAUCCUAUUUUGCAAAUUGGACCCCAGGCUGGAACUUAGCAUCUGAAGUUGCCGCUUGUGGGCUCUGGGGAAAAGUGCAGCCCCGGAGAGGUAACUGAGGACAUGAGCAACCGGUGCCAGGGAGGGUGGGAUUCGCCAGAUGCCAAAAUCAGGGGACGGGUGGUGGUGUCUGUCAGACACACACAGGUCGCCAGUGACUUCACACACACCUCAUGUGAGAACCAUGCCUUUUUUAGUGUGUCCUAUUUCAUACCUGUACACACUUCCUCGUUUUGUAAUGAGAUUUACUUACACCCAAACAGAUCCUGAAAGAAAGCUUCAAGUUUUCUCAGAUGAUGGAUAUGUUUUCACUGUAUUCAAUAACUGACCGAUGUAAGGUGCACGUUUCCCGAUGUGACGCACUGUAUUCCAGCUGGUGAUCAAGUCUGGGAAUAGCCGUAACAGGUCAACCUUGUGGAGCCAUCGCGAGUUAGAGGGUGAAAGAUGGCAGAAAAAAAGUCUUGUGUGUGAGUGUGUUUUUUGAGUUUGCAUCAAUCUUAAUGUCUCUUCAUAAUACUUUUAUAAUACAUUAAGCCUCUUGUCUACAUAUUUGGAGAGAAUAUGACUUUACUAGCAGAGAAAUACAAUAUAUCUUGUCUACUGGACUGUAAAAUAUAUGUAUGAAAUAAAAUUAGUUCCAUUUGGUCUUCUAGUAUA